AUGCAGUCACUCAUUACUCUUCUCGCACUUCCUGCUUCCACACUGGCUGGACCCGUGCUGUGGAGCGGGAUUCCCGAUUCGUCGCUGACCGUCGACGAUAUUGACAAAUGGUCCUGGUCGAAUCAGGUCGGCGCAUGGCAAUGGUACAUUCAUGGCUCUGGCAAAACGUCCCAGUAUCUGGGCGUUUCCUCCGAAUUUAAGAACCCGGCGGCUGCCGACGCACAGGGACUGCGCAUCACUAUUGACGGAACCUCUUUCUGGAAUGGGCAGACCAUGGAGCGCUCCGAGCUCAUCCCUCAGACCAAGGCUGAUCUUGGCUCGGGCCACCUGUAUUAUCACUUUUCUCUUUCCACCCAGGAGACGAAUCCCCCCAACCCAUCGUUUGAGCACCAGAUUGCGUUCUUCGAAAGUCACUUCACCGAGUUGAAGUAUGGCGCAUCGGGCUCUUCCGACAACACCCUGAGCUGGAACGCGGACGGAAAAUCACAGUGGUCGGUGCAGCUCGAGGCAGGGAAAUGGUACAACUUCGCCUACGACAUUGACUUCGACUCCAAGAAGGUUGGCCUGUGGGCAUCCAACGGUUCCGAGCCCUUGACUCAGGUUGUCACGCCCGUUAGUGCUUCUACCUCCUCCAACUCCGCUGACUGGCACGUCGGACAGCUGCGUCUGCCGGGCAGUGAGUCCGACGACGCGGCGGAAGACUGGUUCUGGUCCGGUGUCUACGUGGAGGAAGGUCCUAUUACUACUGAGAUUGGGUCUUCAAGUUCGUCUGGCUCUUCAAGCUUCGCUAGCUCGUCCAGUACCGCUACCGCUGCGACUGCUUCUGCCGCUUCGACCGCGCAGUCCGCUGCUCCUACUGAAAGCAUAUCAGCUACUCCGACCAGCGCGAGCCCGACUACGGUUGCCACACAAAGUCCCGUUUCGACCGCCGUGUCCUCGAGCGUGACCCCUUCCCCCUCGACUGCAGCUCCCACCAAGAGCACUGAGGCGGCUACACCCACUUCCUCCGCGACUGCCUUUGCCAGCCCUACGUCUGCAGCGGAUCUCCUGACUGAUAUCCGGGAUCUUUUGAAGGUGCUCCUGUCCCGUUCAGGAUCUGGAAGUGUGCAUGCGCGCGACUUCGCCCCCCGUAGAUGA